CCCAUUGUGGGAGCUGUCACUUCGGGAAGCGCCUGAGCGGCCCGGACCCCUAUAAAACCCCAUUGCGCCAGAGAAAGGCCGAGGAGAAGAAGCCUGCCAGUCUCGCUUAGGUGGAUCUCGAGAGAAAAGGAGACAGAGCAAGACCAUUUGUUUAAAAAAUAAAAAAGCGGGAGGGGGGAGGAAAAAGGAAGCGGGGCGAAGACUACUUUGGGAAAGCAACAGCCAGCCCUUCCAAGUUGAGGCUUGGACCCUUGGCCAGGCGGGCGCUUCCUCUGCCUCCCUCCCCGUCUCCUGCCAUGAUGUUCCCCAGCCUGAUCGCGCCUCCCGCCGUCUACCCGAGUCUCCUGCGGCCCACGCCGACCCUCACGCUGCCGCAGUCGCUGCAGUCCGCCUUCUCCGGCCACUCCAGCUUCCUGGUGGAAGACCUCAUCCGCAUCAGCCGGCCCGCUGCUUACCUGCCUCGCGGCGGCGGCGUUCCGCCGCCGGCCAGCCUGUCCCCACCGCCUCUGUCGGGCGCCAGCCCCUCCCGGACGGGCCCGCCAGGACCCUCGUCGGCCGAGCCGGCCAACUCCGACGGCGCUGCGCGACGGGGCUGCUCGGCGCCCGCCUCCGCCUCGCCCGCCAGCGACGCGCCCUUCCUCAAGUUCGGCGUGCACGCCAUCCUGUCGUCGGCGCCCCGGACAGAAACCUCCCACGCGCUGAUGCAGAACGUCCCUCCCAAGACUUUCACUUUCCCGUAUUUCGAAGGAUCCUUCCAACCUUUCAUCAGGUCUUCUUAUUUUCCAGCUUCAUCUGUGGUGCCUAUUCCUGGCACUUUCUCUUGGCCUCUGGCUGCCCGGGGGAAACCACGCAGAGGUAUGCUCCGCAGGGCUGUCUUCUCAGAUGUGCAGCGCAAAGCCCUGGAGAAAAUGUUCCAGAAGCAGAAGUACAUCAGCAAACCAGACAGGAAGAAACUGGCAGCCAAGCUGGGCUUGAAGGACUCCCAGGUGAAGAUCUGGUUUCAAAACAGGAGGAUGAAGUGGAGAAACUCCAAAGAGAGAGAGCUGCUGUCAUCUGGCGGCUGCCGGGAGCAGACUUUACCCACCAAGUUCAACCCUCACCCAGAUCUCAGUGACGUAGGCAAGAAAGGUUCUGGAGAGGAGGAGGAAGAAGCAGCCUCACCCCGGUGCCCAGCCAGCCCCAGGCAUUCCUUAACAUAUCACCAGUCCACAGAUGACCCACGCCUGAGAGACAGGUUGGACUCCCACAUGCUCCCUUCCCCCACCCAUUCCAGCAGCCCCAGCAAACCGUCAGACUUCUCAGACUCUGAGGAAGAGGAUGAAGAGGGGGAGGAGGAUGAAGAAGAGAUCACGGUCUCAUAGAGACCCUUCUUGCUAUCAUGAAAGGGGACAUUGCAAAGAUGUAAAUAAACUAAGGGCUAUCUAAUUGAAGAGGUGGUGUCCUUCCACACCCACAUGGUUCAAAUAGACAAUGUACCGAUCAUCAUGCAACCUUGGGGUUUCUGUAUGACAUAUUCCAGAACUACCCUGAUUAGGAACCCCUUGCCUCAAUAUCCUCCUGUUGUGAUCACUGACUAAUCAGCCAGCCUUGCACUUUUCAAUUGAAAACUAUAGAUUAGAAAGCCAUUAAAACAUACACACCCCAUUGGUAUUAAGAUCAUGUUGAUUUAGAAGCAGAAUAACUAGCCUAAUUCAGUUGUGAUUCGCUUAGCUAAUUCCAGGAUGUGUUAAUUUCUCUGAAAAUAACAGCAAUCUUUUCCCCAUAAGCCCUAAUCUGUUGCGAUGCUGCAAAAUCCAAGUGGUUGUUAAUGAUUUGAGAGCAGCCUCGCAUGCUGAGCUCUAAAAUGCAGCCAGUGUGGAUUGGGGUGGUGCUGGUGGGUUGCUAUUCCAGAGAGCACACUUACUGAGUGUGGGCAUGUGAACUGGAGCUGCCCCUGAAAUCAUUCACAUGCACCCACAAGAACCAUGGCUCCUAGCUUGGUUCCAGUGUUGAACAUUUCUGUGUUAAUUUAUGCAUCUGUCUGCUUCAUACCAUUUCCACAUUUGUCCCCAGCUCUUUGGCCAUCUCCUUGUUUUGUGACUGCUGCAGGUGCAAUGUGUGGAUGCGGGGAACUGGACCUGCCUCUUUGAUUGUUGACUGAACUUUGCUGUCUUUGCACAGCUUCUAUGAUCUGUACACUAUUUUGUACUCUUACACUGUAUGGAUAUUUUAUACCAAGGCAAUUGCAAGUAUGCAGAUGGAAGAAUAUUA